AUGUCUUCGCCUCCAGACUUUAGAAGGUGGCCCCGGGCCGUCAGGUUGAAGAGAUGGCUGGACUGGGCAAAGUCCCAGAAACUGCCCGCAUUCAGACAUUACCCGGACAAGUCUGCAAGAGUUGACAAGGAACUCAAAUCAGUCUUCUGGGACUUUGAUUUGUCGGAUCUUCCUCUCCUUACGGACCAAGAGUGCUGGGAGCGUAUGUACUCUGCACUCCGGUAUCCGGUACCCAACCCCAACGAGAAUUACUAUAUCAAGACACUCAACGCUGUGGAUUGCGAAGUGUCGAGGAUCCUCAACAAUGGAAGCAUGCAUCAGACGCUCGUCGAUUUGGCGAAAAAGGCCGGCUUCGACGCGCGCAAAUGUUGCGACCCGUCGCUCUCGAAGGAGCAAAGAAAGUAUGAGCCUCCGAAAGGACCUCGGCAGAUGGACAGUACUGACGCACGCAUGAAUGCCAAACUUGGGGCAUUCCCUCACGGGCGAAUUGAUCUGGAGGAACCGCGUAACUUCGCAGCUCUCUCGGAGCUCUUGUUCCAGCAGGAGGCCCUCAAAGAGAAGAACGAGGCAGCAGUUGCUCGUGUUACUCCAACCAGCGCUGUCGCGCCCUCGACGGGAAAUGGAGGCGGCUCAGAUCGAUAUGCGAGCCCGUCCUCUUGUGGAGGCCCCAAAACUGAGCGAAAGGCAUUGGCAAAGAGUGCCAUGGUGGACAAGCACGUUCGCUUGCAAUCGAGCAAGCGGCCCUCGUCGAUUCAAGAGCCAAACGUUGCUGGGAGAUUGUGUCCCGAGGGAACAAAUGGGAACCCCACGGAUCAAGCGGCACAGCCGAUGUCCAACGACCCAGAUUCGAAGAUGGCCUUCAACGGGUUUGUUAUUCCAAAGAGACAGCGCAGUGGCAGCGUUCAACAAGAGAAAGCCAUGGCCGCUGCUAGGACAGAGUCGAGAUCAGCAACGAGCACAGCCUCGAGAGGAGGGCUAUCUGGUUCCCAACCCCCGCUCUCGAAGCAGCCUCCUAUUCAGGUUCCCAUAAACACUCAACGAACUUUGAAGCAGCAGACUCGACGAGAAUCGAGUGGUACACUGGAUGGCUCUCUACCCCAGCAUCGCGCAUUGAUUAGGAGACCGAGUGGAACUGAAGGGUCCGGAAUGUUGACACCGUCAACCCCACCGCCACAAGCCUCUUCCGGCAAUCCUCAGCAAAGCAGUAGUCUGGCAGUCAAAACAGAGUUUCAAGAGCAAAGACCGAAAACCGCCUCGCUGGCAGAAUACAAGACGGCUAGUCAACCCGCUGUGGUCUCUACCCGGGGGAACUCGUCCCAAGGGCAAGCCAUCACCGCUGCGAUGACGAAGACGCUUGAGACGACUAUCAACCAGCAUCUCUUGGAAGCGAUCCGAGGAGUCUACCGCAGCGUUCCCAAAUUAAUGGAGGGGAAGAUACGAGGAUGGCUGGACGGGCCAGAGUACCGCCCCAUGGGGUUCGCUGUUCUCCGUGACAUUGAAAGCGAGACGACAAAGAAUGUCAGAGAGUCUCUCAUACCCAAGAUGAAGGCCAUGGAGCAAAUCGUCAAGGGUUCUGAGAACCCGAAUCAAGCGGAGUCACUCCGGGACAUCAAGCGCAAGGCUGAUGAGAAGGAUGCGGAAGGAGGUGACCAGAGUCAACAGGUUGCGAAGCGACAGCGGGGCGACGGUGGUGGUAGUGGUUGUACCACAUGA